CCACAGGGCACGAGGAGAUUGCCUCCAUCAAGCUCUGCACAUGAUGGACACGGUGGUGUUCCUACAGUUGGCAUGUCCUCUGUAGACUCUUCCAGCCCGAGGGGAUACUCGGUUUCGCCAUCGAGCAGAGACAAGCCUCUUCCCAGCCCGCCAGUUGUUCAAGUCAUUGACCCCAACAGCCCGCCUAAAGCUCAGCGUACUCUGGUCGACGCAGAGGCCGGUACUCCUUCAGAGGACGAAUGGCCGAUUCUUCGCCCUGAAAACAUAUCCCCGCCAAAAAAGCUAACACCUCAAGCGAACAGUACCAGUACGAAUGUGCUGCAGCAGCAGCAGCAGCACCGCAGCGUGUCUAUGGGUGCAGCGCCACAAGACAUUGCUGAAUGUUUCUUCGCGAACCAAUCACUUACACCUGCUAACAUUUUAGACUCCAGCAAUGAACCGACAGCGAGCCGUUUGUCUACUCAAGGAUAUCAGAAGUCCAUGCAGAUGGCGAAACCACGCACCUUGAGCUCAAACAACCCGUACGCAAAUUCCUACGACCCGUACGAAAAUUCCUACCAUGCAUUCUCAACUGGUACGGAGUCAGCAAUGGAGAGUCCGCUAGCUCACAAGAGGGGCGCCUCGGGUAUGGUCCCUGUCCCGCCUCGCAACAGUUCAAAGGGCAGCUCACUGCGUUUGUCUAACCAGAACAAGCUUGAUUCGCCAGCUCGGCCACCCUCUCCUGAGUCACCACUGGUCAAUUCAGGUUCUACGAAAUGGACAGUUGUUGGGGAGCCAGUUUCCGAGCAGUUCGUGGCUUCGACUACCUGUUCAUCUCAAGACACACAAGUCGCCGCUGCCACCUCCGCCGAAGUGCAACCGCCGAAUGUUCAAGAUCUUACACAUGACGUCAUCCGCCCUGCGGAUACCCAUGAUACAGCUCAGACUUUGCCUGGCUUAGUUAGAAGCAAGUCGUCGUGGAGCCUCGCUGGUUGCUCGUCCCUCGAUGACCAACCAUCACAUGACUACGAGGGUAGUACUCGCAUCAAGCGACUUUCAUCACGCUCCUCUAUGUCUGUACCUGGUCCAAUGCUGAAAAUUCAUGGAGAUGCCGAUUCCAUUCUACUUGGUCGAGGAGACCCUAUUCCAGCCAUGCCUCCCCUGCCGGCCAAGGUGCCUGACAAGACUCCACGGGAGCAAUCCAAGAUCUCUUUGGCCGAACGCUCAAAGCAGACCAUUUUCAAAAUCUCGGAAAGGAUGGUAUCACGUCCUUCGAAUCCAAAUUUGUCGGAGGAUGGGACCACUGCAGCAACGCCCGUGCGAAUCACUCCAAUCAGGUCUAUGCAGCCGCCACGUGUAGUCAGUGCAGAGAUUCCUUCACCAGCUGUCUCUUCGCCCGUCUCGCACACGUCGAUAGAGCACGAUGAGCCCAGUGGACUGCUUCCGGUCGUGUCUUUGGCAGCCAGUCACACAGCAUCUGGUUCCUCGCAGAAUACGAUCAUACGCACUUCAAAGCCCGUCGCUGCAACCGUUCCUACUCCUGAUGAUUUAUCUAGCCCAUCUGCGAUUAAACCCAAAGUAGGUGUACACUGGUUCUCUUGACAUCAUUUUUCUAACUCAUGAACAGGACCCCAUUAAUACGCCAUCUAAGGAGAUCAUUUCAUCCAAGGUAGAUUAUGCUCCAGAUAUCGAUCUAAAAGCUUCACCUGCAUCAGUUCGAAAGGGCGUGCCAACCGGGUGGGUCUCGCCUUCUGCUAGGUUGUAUCCAUCAAAGCGGGCAGAUGCGGGUCGCAAUACAAUAAGCUCUUCGCACCACGCAGGUGUUCAUCUGAGUACUCGGGAGAUAGGAUCAGACUCCAGCACAUCUCGCUCGGGCUCUUCAUCGCUUUCUCGUAUGACU